UCUGGCAGGAUGGUCAGAAUUACAGAAGACUUAAUCAGAAAAAAAGCGGAACAUAACGAGGGUCUCAUCGGGACUUUGGAAGAACUGUCUCUUCACCAAGAAGACGUCGAAAAAAUCGAACACAUAAAUAACUGGUGCAAAGACAUACAAAUCCUCUACCUGCAAGCUAAUUUAAUCCCCACAAUAGAAAACCUAAACAAGUUAAAAAAGUUGGAAUAUCUGAAUCUAGCCGUAAACAAUAUCGAAAAAAUUGAAAAUUUGCAACGUUGCGAGUCUUUAGAAAAACUAGACCUCACUUUAAACUUUAUCGGCGAUUUGGAAAGUGUUUGUUCGUUACAGAACAAUCUUAAUUUAAAACAUCUGUACUUGACUGGAAAUCCCUGUUGCGAUUUCGACGCUUAUCGCCAGUAUGUCGUUGCCAAACUUCCUCAAUUGCUCGCUUUGGAUGGAACGGAGAUUACAAAAAGUGAGCGAAUAAAAGCAAAACAAAAUAUAUCUUCAGCUGAAAUAAAAGUUAAAGAAGCGCAGCAAGAAUAUGCGCGUUUUAGAACGGAACAAAAAACACGAGUUGGGCAUAAUCAUGAUCCGACAAUCAGUGACGAAGAUUUCUGGAGAAGCACGAGUGAACACUGUCCAGAAACUAGGGUCGAAAUAUCGCGAAGAUCCAGAAAAUCGAAAGAACUUGAAGAGGAAAAACCGCAAAAGAAGUUGGUUUCAUUGUUUUCUAAAAGCGGUAGACCUUUAAAUGUCAAUCAGGCGAAAUUAAAUUUUAAAUUCCUGGAUGAUGAUCCAGAGAAGUUUGUUCUCGAUUUAGCGGUCUAUAAGCACUUGGACACGAAUUUAAUUGAAGUUGAUUUGCAACCGAUUUAUGUAAGAAUAACCGUUAAAGGAAAGGUCUUUCAGAUAGUUUUUUCGGAAGAAAUUUUGGUUGAUAAAAGUACAGCUAGAAGGUCUCAAACCACCGGACAUUUAGUUCUUGAUAUGCCUCGGGCUAACUGCAAGCCACUAAAACGUAAAGAGAAUACUAUGUUAUUAAAAACAAACGAUAAGAAGAAUUUUUUAGAUGUUCAACAAAACGACGAAAUGGACUUCAGUAAAAUCGUGGAAAAGAGUGAUAAACCGUCAUUUGAGGAUAACACGGAAGUACCUCCAUUAGAAUAUGGAUAAAAA